UGCCUGCUACACAAACUCACCCUCUAGCUUGCUCUCCCACACCUCUUAUUAUGGGAGGUAUUGCGUGAGGGCUCAGCAAGGACAGACCAACCUCUGCCUUGCUUUUACAUCCCAGCUCUGGCUUUCAGGUGCACAUCCUUGCUGAGCCAUGUCCUGCUACGACCUAUGCCUGCCCUCCUCCUGCAGUCCCCGGCCCCUGGCCACCAGCUGCAACCAGCCCUGCUUCCGCCGCUGCGGGGACUCCACCGCCUUCAUCCAGCCACCCACGGUCGUGGUCACGCUGCCCGGGCCCAUCCUCAGCUCCUUCCCACAGAACACCGUGGUGGGCUCCACGGCCUCGGCGGCGGUCGGGAGCUACCUGCGCUGCUGCGGCAUCCCUGUGGGCUCCCGGGGCCUGGGCAAGGCAGGACUGCUGUGCCUGGGCACCAGGCUGUAG